CCCUUUUUGGUGAAACGGAAGUUGUUGCUAGCAAGGAAACAGGACGAACUGUUGGAGAAAACGCGACCGCGGUGGUGCGAACCAAAUAUAGCUGCUAAUUUUCUCUCCGUAGUGAAAGUCCGGAUGUUGCAGAGAUAGAGAGAUAUCAACAUGGCGCACAGAAGGGAGCCGAGGUCUGCGACUGAAAAACUACGGGUGUCACUUUUCGUCUCUUUUGUCUGUAUUAUGUUUCACCUCGGCGGCGCUGACGACAGGCUACCCCGGACACGAAGCACCUCGACUGGCGACACGGUAGAAAACUACGACAAAUACUACAAUUACGUCGAGCUCACCGGGCGUUUGCGGUCCUACGCCGAGAAAUACGCUCACAUAGCGAACCUGUCGAGCGUGGGUCGGUCGGUGCAGGGCAGGGAGCUCUGGGUGAUGCGGAUCACCAAGGACCCCCAUGUGGAGUCCCCGGGAAAACCCAGGUUCAAAUACAUUGGCAACAUGCACGGGGACGAGACCGUGUCCAGACAGGUUCUGGUCUACCUUGUGGAGUACCUGCUGACGAAAUACGAGGAGGAACCGCGGAUAGCUGAACUGGUGAACACCACUGAUAUCUUUAUCAUGCCCAGUAUGAACCCCGACGGAUUUGAGUUGUCCAGAGAGGGCGACUGUGCCGGUCACAGAGGGGGGCGAAACAACGCCAAGAACAAGGACCUGAACCGGAGCUUCCCUGACCAGUACACCAACGUAAUUACAAACCCAGAUAGCAUUCCUGAGGUCAUGGCGGUUAUCAGAUGGAUGCAGGACAAACAGUUUGUUCUGUCUGGUAACCUGCACGGUGGAACUGUGGUUGCCAGCUACCCCUUCGAUGACUCAGCCACCCACGAGGAGCAGGGCCAUUACAGCCAGUCAGCGGACGACAGCCUUUUUCGCUACUUGGCCCUGGCGUACUCCAAGAACCACCCGGUGAUGAAGACUGGGCACCCCAACUGUCCCGACACCCCAGAAGAGACCUUCAAAGACGGCAUCACCAACGGGGCGGAGUGGUACGAUGUAGCAGGAGGGAUGCAGGACUACAACUAUGUCCAUGGAAACUGUCUGGAAAUCACCAUGGAGCUAAGCUGCUGCAAGUAUCCCCAAGCUUCUCAGCUCCUUAAGGAAUGGAACCUUAACAAAGAGUCUCUCCUGGCCUAUAUUGAAAAGGUCCACAUUGGUGUCCGUGGCUAUGUAAAAGAUCACAUCAGUGGUUCAGCCAUCACCAAUGCCAGCAUAGUGGUUGCAGGCAUCCGCCACAACCUGACCACUGGAAGAUACGGGGACUACUACAGACUUUUACUUCCAGGGGCCUACAACAUCACUGCUGUUGCCACAGGGUACACACCGGUGACGGUCAACAAUGUACAGGUCUUGGACGGAAAUGCCACAGAACUGAAUUUUGUUUUAGAACCACUUGCCAUCGACCCAAAACCUGCAGUCAGUGUUACACUGACCACACCCUCCACGCCUUCACCCACUGAUAUUAACACCUCCACAUGGAAUACCAACACCCAGUCCCAGGUUGUAACCUCAGUGGGACGUAAACCCACACCCAGUCCUUCACCAACUGAGCCCCAGCCCGUUCAACCCCAAGAAUUUCGCCACCACAACUACGCUGACAUGGAGCUCUUUUUACGCAAGUACAGCGGCGAGUUCCCGUCUAUUGCUCAUCUUUAUUCUAUUGGCCGCUCGGUGGAAGGCAGGGAGCUGUACGUGAUGGUUAUCUCAGACAACCCUACAGUUCAUGAACAUGGUGAGCCGGAGUUUAAAUAUGUGGGCAACAUGCACGGCAAUGAAGUCGUUGGCCGGGAACUAUUGCUCAACCUCAUCGAGUACCUGUGCCUUAACUACGGGACCGACCGGGAAGUCACAGAGUUGGUCAACAACACCCGUAUUCACAUUAUGCCGUCGAUGAACCCUGAUGGCUAUGAGGUGGCCAAUGAAGGUGAUGUAAGAAGCACUCGAGGGCGCAACAACAGCAACAAUUUUGACCUGAAUCGAAACUUCCCAGACCAGUUUGCCACCAUCAAAGAUCCUCGGCAGCCAGAGACAAUCGCCAUGAUGAAUUGGCUGAAAAGCAACCCUUUCGUGCUGUCAGCCAAUCUCCAUGGAGGUUCUUUGGUAGUCAACUACCCCUUUGAUGAUGAUCUAGAGGGCAAAAGGGAGUACAGCAAGUCUCCUGAUGACAACGUUUUUCAGCAGUUGGCUCGAUCCUACUCACAGGAAAACCCUCUGAUGCACAAUGGCCACCCUUGUGUGAACCUGUACCCUGGGGAAUACUUUGCAGACGGCAUCACCAAUGGCGCCAGCUGGUACAACGUUGCAGGGGGCAUGCAGGACUGGAAUUACUUAAACACUAACUGUUUUGAGGUGACUAUUGAAUUGGGUUGUGUGAAGUACCCCCGGGCCAAGGAGCUGCCUAACUACUGGGAACAAAAUCGUCAAUCUUUACUACAGUUUAUCCACCAGGUUCACCAUGGAAUUAAAGGUACCGUCUCUGACAUAAGGGAUGGAAUGGGAAUACCCAACGCCACAAUUCAGGUGGAGGAUAUUGACCACAAUAUUACCACAGCUCACACUGGUGACUACUGGAGACUGCUGGUCCCUGGGACUUAUGCCAUCACUGCCUCCGCCCACGGAUAUCAAUCUAUGAGGACGUUUGCCACCGUGUCCAAGGAUCGAGUGGAAGUGGUUGAUUUCAGAUUGACGCGGCUUCACUCAGACCCCAAUGGCCUGUGGCCUUCCGGACCCCAGCCAACCCCUAACCCGUCUGAGGAGGAGUUCGAGAGCUUAAUCAAGGACCUCUCUCUGGGCCAAGGUUUAGAACGGCUAGUCAAGAGUACGGACACGGAGAACAAUUUCAGAUUCCGAGGUUACAAGGAGCUGUCUGCCUUUCUUCGAGGUCUUACCCUCAACUUUCCAAAAAUUACAUCUUUACAGAGUUUGGGCCAUAGUGUUGAGUUUAGAACCAUUUGGGCUCUGGAAAUCUCCAACAACCCCGGAGCGGCUGAGCCUUCUGAGCCCAAGGUCCGUUUUGUAGCAGGGAUCCAUGGCAAUGCCCCUGUGGGGACCGAGCUACUUCUUGAGUUUGCCGCCUUGUUAUGCAUCAACUAUGGCAAAAACUCUGUCAUUACAAGGCUCAUCAAUGAGACCACAAUUGUGAUUGUGCCGUCAAUCAAUCCAGAUGGAAGAGAGCAAGCGGUGGAGAAGCAGUGCGUAUCCACCCAGGGUUUCACCAAUACUCAUGGCAAAGAUCUGGAUACAGACUUCUAUGGCAACGCAUCCCACCGUGUGGUAGAACCACAGCCGGAGACCAAAGCAAUGAUGGACAUGAUUUUAGAUAAGGUAUACACACUGUCUGUGGCCUUAGAUGGAGGAUCCCUUGUGGCUACCUACCCUUAUGACAAGCCUGUCCAAUCAGUGGAGAAUGAAGGCACUCUGAAGUACUUGGCCAGCGUUUAUUCCAACAACCAUCCCAAGAUGCACCUUGGCAACACUGGAUGUUCAAAUAAUGGGCAAGCAAGUAACAUCCCAGACGGCAUUAUGAGGGCAGCUGAGAGACAAAGUCACAUGGGCAGUAUGAAGGACUUCAGCAUGGACUUUGGCCAUUGUCCAGAAAUCACAGUGUAUACUGGAUGUUGUGUGUUCCCCCCAACGGAACAGCUCACCACGCUCUGGGCAGAGAACAAGAAGCCUCUUCUGAGCAUGUUGGUGGAGGUCCAUAAAGGUGUGCGGGGAAUCGUGAGAGAUAAGAGUGGGAAGCCCAUUGUUGGGGCCAUUAUUGUCCUGAACGGAGGUGUGAGAGUCUUCUCCGCGGAAGGUGGUUACUUUCACGCACUGCUGGCUCCUGGAAACCACAACAUUGAGGUGGUUGCUGAUGGCUACCAGCAACAGCGCCAAGAGGUGGUGGUGUCCUCCUAUGAAGCGGCGAGCUCCAUCAUCAUUGAAUUUGACAUGGACCACAGCAUCUUUGGUCUCCCCAGAGAAUUUGUGGUGGCCAGCGCAGCUGCCUCCAUGACGGCACUGGUGGUGACGGCGUGCAUCAUCUGGUGCGUGUGCGCCGCCAAGUCCAAUCGGCAAAAAGACGGCUUCCACCGCCUGCGCCAGCACCGGGACGAGUACGACGACGAGAUCCGGCUCACGUCCAUGGGCUCCAAGAAGUCGCUGCUGGCACACGAGUUCCAGGACGAGAGCGAAAGCGAUGAAGAGACGCUGUAUGCCAACAAAAUCUGAAGCUUUUGCUGUUUUAGAGUUUGCUCCUGCGAGAUAAAGCCCGGGGACACCAAGCGUGUGGACUCAUUGAACUAAAGGCCCCGUAAUGAACGCA